AUGGGUGUCCCCUCACAUCUGGAAGAAGAGGGUCCGUUUUCUCCGCUCCUUCUCUUUUUCAUUGGGAGGUCCAGGCUCUACCGCAGCCUCUGUCACUGUGUGACCAGCAAGUACUGGGAGUUUCGUAGGGAGGACGCUGGGACACCCCGGACAUCAGGAAAUGCACUGCAUAUUAAAGGAAGCAAUGAACAGUCUUUGGAAAGCCCCAGAGAAACCCAGGAUGUUGGAUACAGAAUUGGAUUAAGUGCUCAGCCAAAUAUUUCUGAAGACCAGAGAUUUAAAAUUGAAGAGGAUAUUUCUAAAUGUGAUCAGUUUGAUGGGUCCUUUGUUAAAAGUUUAGUAUUCUUCCAUCAACAGAUAAUACCAUUUUGUGCCAGAAUCUACAAAUGUGAUCCAUAUUGUAAGGAUUCUACCCCAUCAUCAUUGCUUAAUCAAUAUCAGGGAAUAGAUAUUUGGGAAAAACAUUACAUAUCCAAUAAAACUUUGAUGUCCUUUAUCCAGGACUCUUCUCUAAAUAAUUACCAAGAUAUUUAUAUUAAUGAGAGAAAUUGUCAAUGCAAUGAACUUGAAAAAACCUUGAACCAAGACUCUUGCUUAAGAAAAUAUCAGAAAUCUCAACAUCCGGAUAUCCAGAACAAAUAUAAAAAAUGUGAGAAAGUCUUUAAUCAAGCUUUAAAGCUUAUUAGCAAUGAGAAUAUCCACAUUCAAGAGUAUUCUCACAAAUGUAAUGAAUGUGUAGAAGCUUUUACCCAGUCAGGGAAACAUUCUGAAAAUCAGGAAGUGAAUAUUAGAGAAAACUCAUACAGAUGUAAUAAACAUGGGAAAGUUUUUAGUCAGUCAUCCAAUCUAAGAAAACAUAACAUAAUCCAUACUGAAGAAAACCUUUGCAAAUGUAAAGAAUGUGGCAAAACCUUUGACCAGAGUUCACAGUUUCAACAAUAUCAGAAAAUUUAUACUGGAGAAAAACCUUACAAAUGUAAAGGAAGUAGUAAAGUCUUUCCUUGUUCCUCAAAUCUUACUGUGCAUCAAAAAAUUCAUAGUGGAGAUAAACGCUAUAAAUGUAAAGAGUGUGGCAAAGCCUUUAACCAUAAUUCAAGCCUUACUCAACAUCAGAGAAUUCAUUCUGGAGAAAAGCCCUACAAAUGUAACAAAUGUGGCAAAGCCUUUAAUCAGCUGGGAAGCCUUAGACAACAUCACCAAAUUCAUACUGGAAUAAAACCCUACAAAUGUGAAGAAUGUGGCAUAUCUUUUACUCAGUUGGGAAACCUUAGACAACAUCAGCGAAUUCAUACUGGGGUAAAACCCUACCAAUGUGAAGAAUGUGGCAUAUCCUUUACUCAGCUGGGAAGCCUUAGACAACAUCAGCAAAUUCAUACUGGAGUGAAACCGUACAAGUGUGAAGAAUGUGGCAUAUCUUUUACUCAGUUGGGAAGCCUUAGACAACAUCAGCGAAUUCAUACUGGAGUGAAACCCUACAAGUGUGAAGAAUGUGGCAUAUCCUUUACUAAGUUUUCAAUACUUAGACAACAUCAGAGAAUUCAUACUGGAGAAAAACCUUACAAAUGUGAACAGUGUGGAAAAGCCUUUAACUGUAGUUCAAACCUUACUCAACAUCAGAGAAUUCAUACUGGAUUGAAACCCCACAGAUGUGAAGAAUGUGGCAUAUCCUUUACUCAGCUGGGAAGCCUUAGACUACAUCAGCAAAUUCAUACUGGAGUGAAACCCUACCAAUGUGAAGAAUGUGGCAUGUCUUUUACUCAAUUGGGAAGCCUUAGACAACAUCAGCGGAUUCAUACUGGAGUGAAACCCUACAAAUGUGAAGAAUGUGGCAUAUCCUUUACUAGGUUUUCAAUACUUAGACAACAUCAGAGAAUUCAUACUGGAGAAAAACCUUACAAAUGUGAAGAAUGUGGCAAAGCCUUUAACUGUAGUUCCAGCCUUACUCAACAUCAGAGAAUUCAUACUGGAUUGAAACCCUACAAAUGUAAAGAAUGUGGCAAAGCCUUUAACCGUAGUUCACACCUUACUCAACAUCAGAGAAUUCAUAAUGGAGUGAAACCAUACAAAUGUAAUGAAUGUGGCAAAGCCUUUAACUGUAGUUCACAUCUUACUCGACAUCAGAUAGUUCAUACUGGAGAAAAACCUUAUAAAUGUAAAGAAUGUGGUAAAUCCUUUACCCAGUCUUCAGGCCUUAAACUACAUCAGCGAAUUCAUACUGGAGUGAAACCCUACAAAUGUGAAGAAUGUGGCAUAUCCUUUACGAGGUUUUCAAUACUUUCUCAACAUCAGAGGAUUCAUACUGGAUUGAAACCCUACAAAUGUAAAGAAUGUGACAAGAUCUUUUCCUGUAGUUCACAGCUUACUCAACAUCAGAAAAUUCAUACGACAGAAACCCUAUAGAUAUAAGACUUGUCAAAAGAGUUUUACCUAAAAUAUACAACUUAGAAAUCGCCAUAGAGUUCAUAGGAAAAGAAACUUUACAUGUGUAAUAAGUGCAGGGAAGUAUAUAAUCAAAACUUUAAGUCUGUGUGUAUCAGGGCAUUCACAAAAGUAAAUACUAAUGCACACUUUCAGAUUUUACACUAAGAGUAUUUAUUGUAGAGAACAAUGCAAAGUCAAAACAAUUAGGUAAUUUAUUUGAUUAUAUUUUUCAAAAGGGCAAGAACAUUGAUGUUUGGGUAAAUAUAAUUAUAUUCAGUGGCUACUUUGUGUUGAAAGUACCUGAAAUUUUCAGAAGCAAAUAUUACUGAUGUAAUUCUAUUCUCAAAUUACUUAAUGCUUUACUUUAAUCCCUAUUGUUUAUGGGAAAAUAUGAGUUCUCUUGUUUCUCCAUAAGCGCUAUGAGAGGCCAUUCAAUGUUAGGUGAAUAUUGUUUAUAUCAAUUUUCCCUUGAAAGUUUAAUGGCAAAUGUAAAAUACAUUAAGAAAAUCUAAAGAAAGAUGAUUUUUGUGCUUGAAUCAUAAAACAAGGAUGCAUGCAAGCUUACAGUAUGUAUCCAGGACAUUUUUCUUCUGUAUUAAAGUAAGACACACAUUCUGAAUUUUCAACAUAAAUCAACAUAAAUCAUUUUACCAAUUGCUCCUUAUGCUCUUUUUAGUAGAAUGAAGUAGAAGUCUUGACUAUUAUUUGAUGUUAGGAGACAGAAAUCUUGAAUGUUAUUUGAUAUGAUAGAAAUAAAAACAUGUUCACAGAUAUCAGGAAAGUAAAGAUAAUUCCUGUUUGAAAGGUUCUAUAUGUAUUCAAAUAAAUGUGCACUAAAUAAUUAGCCUCAGUCUUUAAAAUUAAAGCACAAGUCUAAAAUUUCUAUAUUAGACAAAAGGUAGUGCUUUUUGACUGCUUGUGACCAAGAACAUACAAUGAGUUUUAAAAUGCUUUAUUUGGGGUAUGGGUUGAUUAAUUUGUUUUGAGUAAUAAAACUAAAUGGGUUUUAAUGUUUUGACAUUAAGGUACAAUGAAAGAAAUGUUACCCUGCCACCAAUGUUAAACUAUCUUAUCUUGUCCAAGAUUAUAGUUAACCGAUGAAAAUAAUGUAUUAUUGAGUAGCACAGUAGAAUGCCUUUUCUAGUAAUUUCUUCCUGAGGACCUAAAGUUCCAAUAAUUUGGAGAAUAUUAUUCUCAUGUUUACUAUUUUGUAUGUUUUUCUCUUUUUUGUAACUAUGGAAAUAUUGUGAUGCCUAUAAUAAAGAUUAUAUGGGAGUAUAUUUUAAAUCCAUACCUUUAAAUCCUAAAUCACUAUUCAUAAAAUUUUUACCCAAAAUUUUCCUUUGCACAUGGCUCUUUUCUCGGUUGAUUGAACACAGAGAUUGUUUUGAUUUACACUGGAUAUAAUAUG